AUGCCCUCCGCGUUCUUCUACAUUGACCAGAUCUAUGCUGCUCUCUUUUUGAUUGAGCUCGUGCUGCGGAUGAUCUCGGAAGGAGGCCCCCCCUUCUUCUUCAAGUCUCCUAACAUCGCAUGGAACUACUUGGAUUUAAUGAUCAACGCCACCUCAGUCCUGAAUUUGGUCUCCGCAGUUGCCAGCACCUCAAACCAGGACGCUGAGACCAUCAAGGCAUCUGGAAACAUGCGCAUUAUCCGCAUCCUACGAUUGACAAGGAUUAUUCGAGUGGUGCGCAUUGUGAAGAUUGUCCGCUUCAUCAGGGCCCUCAGGUCUUUGGUUGACUCGAUCUUCUGUACCAUGAAGGUCUUGCUGUGGUCAGUCCUUCUCCUUGUGAUGAUCAUGUAUGUCUUUGCGAUUGUCUUCACCGAUGUGAGCAGCGAGUAUUCUCGUGGUUUUGAGGAGAUCAGUGAAGCUAACUUAAAAUUCAUUCGGGAACACUUCCUGGAUUUGGAGCGGUCAAUCAUGACAUUGUUCCAAAGUAUUUGCAAUGGGAUUGCGUGGGGUGAAGUGGCCGACAAGUUGAAUGAGCUGAGCCGUAUUUGGGGCUAUCUCUAUGUGACAUACAUUGCAUUCUGCCUUUUCGCGGUCCUCAAUGUAAUGACUGGAAUGUUCUGCCAAUCUGCAAUCGAAAGUGCUGAACGCGACCAAGAGCUACACAUUCAAACCGUUCUGAGCACCAAGCAGCAACAGAUUGAGACGUUCAUGUCCAUGUUUGAGAGGCUUCAGCACGACCUUGGACGAAGACCUACUGGUAACCUGACCUUCAUGGAGUUUGAGGAACUGUUUUGCAAACCGCACAUCCGUUCAUUUUUCGAGGCCUUGGACGUGGAGACAAAGGAUGCGUGGACCCUGUUCAACCUCAUGGAUGUCUCAGGAAGUGGUGAUUUGGAGGCCUCGGAGUUCGUCGAAGGUUGCAUGCGCCUCAAGGGCCCGGCCCGCGCCAUCGACGUCUCCUUGAUGAUACGCGAGCAGCGACGCACGCGGAAGAAGCUCUUGGGCCGCUUGGCGGCGCUGUUGACCCGGUUGCACAGGUCACGUGUGCCGAUGCAUACUCCAGUGGAGUCAGAGACGAAUGACUGGACCGCCGAUUGGGAGAGCCGUAUGGAUGCACUCCUGCUCGCCAAUAACGUGGAGGACGGCGGUGAGGGAACUCUUUCAGGAACGUUAUCGUCCUAUUGGGAGGCCCAGCUCAGCGCGUCAACUCCUAUGCCUUCCAGCCCAAGGGCACGGCCGCCGAGUGUGAUUCAUGCGGAGAUUCCUGAAAACAAAGCGGUGCCUCCCAACUUCCGGGAUCGAGAGAAGGCAAGCUCCUCCCGCCUCUCUCGUUCCUCCUUGGCCUCUGGUCGCUCCCGACUGUCCAAGCAGUCGGCGACGGCCUCGACUGUGUCGGACUCGGUCUUCGGGCGGAUGUUCCACGUGACGCGGAAACCGCGAGUGGCUCGGAGCUGCGCUGCUGCGGUGGACUCGGUGGACGUGUCCAUGACCUCCUUUGAUACGAAUGAAGAACAGAUGCACAAAGAGACCCUCAGGGAGUCCCAGAAGAAGCGGAGGACACAACAGCAGGAGCACCUUGGGCAGAAGAAGCGGUGGAGUGUGGUCGCUUCUUGGAGCUUUGAAGCCUUCUUCGCUUUGGCCAUUUUCUCCAACUCCAUUUUUAUUGGUGUGGAGGUGCAUUAUGCAGCACAUCAUGCCAACAGCUCGAUGCCACCCGUCUUUUUCUACAUUGACCAGAUCUAUGCAGGUCUCUUUUUGGUCGAGCUCGUGCUGCGAGUCAUGGCAGAAGGAAGGCCAUUCUUCUUCCGCUCUCCGAACCUCGCAUGGAACUACUUGGAUUUGAUGAUCAACGCCACCUCAGUCCUGAAUUUGGUCUCCGCGGUUGCCAGCACCUCUAGUGAGGACACUGAGACCAUCAAGGCAUCUGGAAACAUGCGCAUUAUCCGCAUCCUCCGAUUGACGAGGGUCAUUCGAGUCGUACGGAUUGUGAAGAUUGUUCGCUUUAUCAGGGCCCUCAGGUCUUUGGUGCAUUCGAUCUUCGGUACCAUGAAGGUCUUGCUUUGGUCGGUCCUUCUCCUGAUCAUGAUCAUGUAUGUCUUCGCCAUCGUGUUUACCGAUGUCAGUAACGAAUAUUCAAGCGGCUUCGAAGAGAUCAGCGAAGAGCAUUCUCAAUUCUUGCGGAAGCACUUCUUUGACCUGGAGCGAUCGAUUAUCACAUUGUUCCAAAGUAUUUGCAACGGGCUCAAUUGGGGUGACGUUGCAGACAAGCUGAAUGAGCUCAGCCGUGUUUGGGGCUAUCUCUAUAUAAUUUAUAUCGCAUUCUGCAUGUUCGCAGUCCUGAAUGUGAUGACUGGUAUGUUUUGCCAAUCUGCGAUUGAAAGUGCCGAGCGAGAUCAAGAACUGCACAUCCAAGCAGUCCUGAGCACGAAGCAACAGCAAAUCGAGACCUUCAUGUCCAUGUUCGAAAUGCUUCAGCAAGACCUGGGUCGAAGAGCGACCGGCAAUUUGACCUUCAUGGAAUUUGAGGAACUCUUUGACAAACCACACAUUCGUUCCUUUUUCGAGGCCUUGGAUGUGGAGACGAAGGAUGCAUGGACCCUCUUCAACCUCAUGGAUAUCUCAGGCAGUGGUGAUUUGGAGGCCUCGGAGUUCGUCGAAGGGUGCAUGCGCCUCAAGGGCCCCGCCCGCGCCAUCGACGUCUCCCUGCUUUUACGCGAGCAGCGACGCACGCGGAAGAAGCUCUUGGGCCGCUUGGUGGCUGCGGUGGGAAGCCUGGAUGGUUCACUCAAUGCCCCGAGUCAAGGCAGAGGGAGAAUAGCAGUCUCAACUCAUCAUACCCAACUCUCAGCUAGAGACAUAGAUAGCUGA